CACGUGAUGAUGGUAGAAUCAGCAACUGAGACCAUUCGAACCACACCCUCCAAUCAAAAUGGAGUCAGCAGUCUAAGCAGCCAAUCAGACGGCGGAGGGAGAGAGGGCGGGUCCAACGGUGACGCCAAUGGGGAGAUCAGCCCGGUGGAUUUACUGCACCUUCAACAGCAGCAGGCCCUCCAGGCAGCACGCCAGUUCAUCCUCCAGCAGGCCACAGGACUCAACUCCCCCAGCAGCAACGAGGUCAAACAGAGCCCUGUGCAGGUGCCUGUAUCCAUGGCAAUGAUGACCCCACAGAUGAUAACUCCUCAGCAGAUGCAGCAGAUCCUCUCUCCACCUCAGCUCCAAGCUUUACUCCAACAGCAACAAGCCCUUAUGCUGCAACAGCUGCAGGAGUACUACAAGAAGCAACAGGAGCAGUUGCACCUUCAGCUCCUUACCCAGCAACAGCAAGCAGGGAAGCAGGCCAAAGAGCAGCAGCAGUUGGGGAAUAAACAGCUGGCUUUCCAGCAGCAGCUGAUCCAGAUGCAACAACUACAGCAGCAACACAUUCUGAAUCUACAAAGACAGGGCCUGGUGAACCUACAGCCGGGCCAAGGAGCAGUACCCAUUCAGAGCCUGCAGCAAGCUUAUGCAAGAGGCUCGACUGGCGGUAAACAGAGCUCGGAGGGGAUGGGGGGGCAACAGCAGCAGCAGCAGCAGUUGGCAGCACAGCAGCUGGUCUUUCAGCAGCAGCUCUUGCAAAUGCAGCAACUGCAGCAGCAGCAGCACCUGCUCAACAUGCAGAGGCAGGGCCUCCUCUCUCUGCCCCCCGGCCCAGGACAGCCCACCCUCCCCGGACAGACUCUGCCGCCAGCUGGUCUGAGCCCCGCCGAACUCCAGCAACUUUGGAAAGACGUCACUAGUAGCCACGCCAUGGAGGAUAAUGGGCUAAAACACAGCGGCCUGGACCUGAGCACCACCAACAACUCGUCCACUACCUCCACCAGCAACCCCAAAGCUUCGCCGCCCAUCACCCAUCACGGCAUCUCCAACGGCCAGUCCCCGGCCCUCAACAACCGGAGAGAGAGUUCGCUGCAUGAAGAGACCGGAGCAUCACACUCCCUCUAUGGUCAUGGAGUGUGCAAGUGGCCAGGAUGUGAAAGUAUUUGUGAUGACUUUGGGCAGUUUUUGAAGCACCUUAACAAUGAACACGCUCUGGACGACAGGAGUACUGCCCAGUGCCGAGUACAGAUGCAAGUGGUACAACAGCUGGAGAUACAGCUUUCUAAAGAACGUGAGCGUCUUCAGGCGAUGAUGGCACACUUGCACAUGAGGCCCUCAGAGCCCAAACCAUCACCAAAACCGCUGAAUCUCGUCUCCAGCGUCACCAUGUCAAAGAACCUCCCGUCUGUCUCACCCCCCAACUUACCUCAGACGCCCACCACGCCCACCGCUCCAGUCACGCCCCUUUCCCAGAUGCCCCAGGUGCCCAACGUUCUCAGCCCCGCCAACGUCCCCAGCAUGGGCGCCAUGCGCAGACGCCACACCGACAAAUACUCCAUGCCCUUGUCUUCAGGUUUGCGGAUUGUUGGAGCAGCGGGGAAGACAUGA